AUUAGCUUUUUUCUCUCUCUCUCUCGUUUUCAUUUGAUUUUGAUUUGAUUUCUUUUUAAUUGUUUUAUUUUUUUCUCUAUUAAUCUUUUUAUUACUUUAAUUACUGUGACAAUUAACUCAUUUACAGAGUCAUCAAUAGCCUGUGGAAAUUUAUUAUUUUACGAAACGAAAUGUUAAAUUCUGAUGUUCAAGUUCCAUUUCCUGAUCAUGUUUCUCAUCCCAUUGAUGAUGUAAAUAUUUCACAAAUUUUGGACAUUACCAAUAUCGGUGGUAGAUUAGUUCAUUAUGUCUUAUUGGAAGGUGGUAAAAAAACGCUAAUGCCUUCAACUUUGACAAAUGUUUUGGUUCCUCAAUUGGUUAUUGAAUUUUAUCAGAAGAAAAUAUUCUUUGUAAACAUUUACAAUCAAAGUAUGCGUCCAAUUAAGAAAAAUAUGCGUCGACAUGCUAGAAAAUCAACCAAACAACGAGUCUUUUCCAGUUCAUCGUCAUCAUCUGCAUCUAAACUUUUACAACCACCUUAUUCCACCCAACCACAACAACAACUUCCACAACCAACAACAUUAUCUACAAAAUUUUCUUCGCUAUUAGCUAAACCAAAACCAUUAUUCACCUCACUAGCCAAAUCUUUAACCUGCCAACUUCAAGCUAAAGCUCAAUCAAAGACACAAUCAACUCCAGUGGUUAUCAAAACAAAACCUAAACCUUUAUCAAAACAACUACAAGAUCAACGAUUACAGCAACUGAAACUCCAACAACAGGAGCAAUCAAAUCCCUAGAAUCAUCAUUGAUUAAUCAUUAAGCCUUUAUUCAAUUUUCAUCAUUUUAUUCUGUCCCGUUAUUACCUGAAAUUCAUUAUUUAUAUUCCCGAUUAUACUUUAUUACUUUAAACUUUUUGCAAGCAAAUUGACACGAAAAAGUUUCAACCCAUCGAAAGUACAAACGAUAAAUAAGCCAUAAAUUGAUUAAUACUAAUUGUUACUCACUUGUUUCAACAAC